AUGGAUGGCGAGAAGGGGGGAGGUAGUGGUGCGGGUACCAAUGGUGGUCUGAUGAUCCUGGUGGAUGGCUGUGAGAAGGAGGGAGGUAGUGGUGGGGGUACCAAUGGUGGUCUGAUGAUCCUGAUGGAUGGCUGUGAGAAGGAGGGAAGUAGUGGUGGGGGUACCAAUGGUGGUCUGAUGAUCCUGGUGGAUGGCUGUGAGAAGGAGGGAGGUAGUGGUGGGGGUACCAAUGGUGGUCUGAUGAUCCUGAUGGAUGGCUGUGAGAAGGAGGGAAGUAGUGGUGGGGGUACCAAUGGUGGUCUGAUGAUCCUGAUGGAUGGCUGUGAGAAGGAGGGAGGUAGUGGUGGGGGUACCAAUGGUGGUCUGAUGAUCCUGAUAGAUGGCUGUCAGAAGGAGGGAGGUAGUGGUGGGGGUAACAAUAGUGGUCUGAUGAUCCUGAUAGAUGGCUGUCAGAAGGAGGGAGGUAGUGGUGGGGGUAACAAUAGUGGUCUGAUGAUCCUGAUGGAUGGCUGUGAGAAGGGGAGGUAG